AUGUUUUCUUUCCUACGAGCCAGCGCUGCCCGCAGGCAGCCCGACAUCCCGGUGCCGUACCUGUACGUGGACCUGGGCGCCGCCGUGCUGUGCGCCAGCUUCAUGUCGUUCGGCGUCAAGCGGCGCUGGUUCGCGCUGGGCGCCGCGCUCCAGCUCGCCGUGGCCACCUACGCCGCGCACGUGGGCGGCCACGCGCACUACGGCGACUGGCUCAAGGUUCGCAUGUACUCGCGCACCGUCGCCAUCAUCGGCGGCUUCCUCAUCCUGGCCAGCGGCGCCGGGGAGCUCUACCGGCAGAAGCCGCGGAGCCGCUCGCUGCAGUCCACGGGGCAGGUCUUCCUGGGCAUCUACCUCAUCUGCCAGGCGUACGCGUGCACCGUGCGCGUCCCCGCGCGCUUGGUGACGCCGCCGCGGCGCUCCCCACGUGUGCUUGUCCCCCCACGCAUGCAGUGA